AACAACUACACUCGAGGCACCACCCAUACACACGUGUUUGGGGGUGUGUGGAACUUCCGCUUUGCCUGUCCAACAAAGAUCAUUUUUCGAAGUCUAAAGUGCAGCCCCGAGUCUCUAACUACAGGAUAAUCACUCAUCUCUGUCGACGGGUCUGUCUCUGUGUGAUUAUUAGAUUUUUGACACCUAAUAUUUUUAAGGAAACAAACAACAACGGAAAACAUGAGUCACUGCGAAAGAGGAACUCCCAUGAGGACUCUGCUGGUCUCUGUGUUGAUCUCCUUGUCUGACGGAGCAGCGGACCAGUGGAGCAUCACUGCUCGACCUAAACAAAACACCACUCUGCCCUGUGAAGCUCCCAGCAAAACCCCCAUCAUAGCUGCAGAGUGGAGCCGACCUGAAAUGGUCUCGAAGUACGUCUUCUUUUACAGGGAUGAGCAGGCAGAUAAAACCAACCAGGAUCCAGCUUUUGAGGGCCGCGUGGAGCUGGCAGACCAUCAGCUGAAGAAUGGUAACCUGUCCGUAAUCCUGAGGAGGGUAACAGUCAACGACACAGGAACAUACGAGUGCCGAGUUAAACAGGAAGCCGCUGUCCGCAGGAAGAGGGCCUUUAUCAGCAGUGACCCCGUCAGCAUCGUCAAGCUGACGGUCAUAGAGUCACGAAACGCUGGAACUGGACAACACACAGCUGGUCUGUUAGUCUCAGUGCUGCCUGUGAUGUUUGUUUCAUUGUUGUUGUUGCCUUUUUGAGGAAAGUUUAAAGAAUGAGGGGCAGAAAAUCCAUCUCCAGCCUCACCGCAGGCUGAGCUGCAUUGCUGUGGUUCUGCUUUCUAUGGUUUUUCUGUUGCGAGGUUAGUUGCACCGUGCCGUAAAUAGCCGUGGUUCAAGUGCUUUUCGACUGCACAGCACAGUAAGAGUAGCACAGCUAAUGAGGCUCCAUUAAUUCUGCAAUAGACAUUUCAUCCCACAGUGAAGUUUUAAUCUGAAGCAGCAGGACAUAUUCGCUUCAUAUUAGCAGUAAGUCAGCACAGCUGUGAUGUGGCUGAAAGUGAUCAGGCAGGUGUCUUAGAGUCAGACAGGAACAGACGAGUGAAACUCAGCUUCAAACCACAGCGUUUAAGACAGAAGUUCAGAUGCUGAGGCGAGGGCAUCUGCUCUGCUACCUGCAGGACCACAUCAGUGUAGCUCUUCAAGAUUGUAUCAGUGUUUUUGCAUAAUCAAGUUAAUUUGUAUUAUUAUUCUAAGUAUUUGUUUCAUACUUAAGUGUUUUUGUCACAGGGGUCAAAAUGUGUGAAUCGCAUGUUAAAAUGUUUGAAAUAAAUGAUCAAUCUGCUCAAACCCAA